UACAUAUGUCAAUACACUUCCGUUUAGAUUUUCGUACACAAUGGCCGUUUGCGUUGCUGUUAUCGGGAAAGACAAUGCUCCCUUGUACAUCGGUGGUACUGGUAAUGAUACUAGCACCGACAAUGAACUGUCCCGUCAAUGGCUGGUUCACACGGCUCUGGACGCCUUAGAGGAACGACUGGCAUCAACAAAUAAUAGUAAUAUAAACUCCAGUACAAAUGCAUCACGCACCGAGCUACGAGAUCUCUAUUUAGGGUUACUUUACUCCACUGAUACUCAUAAAAUCUACGGCUAUGUUACCAACACUAGAAUCAAGCUGGUGCUUGUGACCAGCUCCACGUCUCCCAGCGGCAGCAACAUCAGAGACGCGGAGGUGCGGACAGCAUUACGACGCCUUCACGCUCUGUACGCUGACGCCAUCUGCAACCCUUUCCACCUGCCAGGAGACCAGAUAACUUCAACGAAAUUCGACAAACAAGUGAAGAGCCUGAUCAUGAAUAACGUGUAAUUAUCAAAGAUCUUUGUUAUGUGAACAAAUGUAUUCAUACUUAUUAUUUAUAUAUGUUAUCAUUAAUGUAUUUUAAGUUUGUUAAUUAUAAGGAUAUAAUUGUUUUUUUCAAUACAUUUAUCAUUUGUAGCAUAGCUUUAAAUUCAAUAAAAUAAAUAGACCCACAAAAA